AUGCCGCAACGCCCCGAAGAUGUCCCUGGCUACAGAGACCCCGACUUCCCGAACCCUGAUGGCGACAUGGACACCCCCAUCAUCAUCUACGGGUACACGCCGUCUCUCGGCCUCGCCAUCUUCGCCGUCAUCUGGUUUCUGCUCUUUCUCGUCAUUCAUACUUUCCGGACCAUCCGCUCUCGUAGCUGGUGGUUUAUACCUUUCGUCAUCGGCAUCAGCUUCGAGAUCGUCGGCUACAUCGCUCGGUGCCUUUCCGCCAAAGUCGACCCUUACCACCUCAUCUACUACAUCCUGAAUUACUUCUUCAUCAUCACGGCUCCCGUCUUGAUGGCAGCAAGCAUCUACACGAUUCUCUACGUCCUUGUCAUGCGCCUCGGGCGCAGUUACUCCCUUCUGCCCCCCAAGGUUAUCCUGUGGUUCUUCAUCGUCUCCGACGCUGUCGCCACCAUUGUCCAAAUCACGGGCGCAUCCCUGGUUGGGCGGAGAUCAGCGGCCCGACAAGACCCUACUGCGGCGAACAACAUCCUCCUCGCUGGACUGGCCUACCAGGUCUUCGCCAUGACUGUCUUUCUCGUCAUUGCAACCGCCUUCAUUGCGCGGGCUCGCCACGCCAUUCGCCAGAAUGAGCUAACCGUUCCCGUCGCCGUGCUUGGCGUUACCACCAUCUUGAUCUACGUGCGAACGGUGUUUCGUCUGGCGGAAACAGGCGAGGGCCUCUUCGGUUCGCUUCAGAGCCAUGAGAUUUAUUUCGCCAUCCUCGAGGUUGUACCGGUGGCAAUCGCGGUGCUGUUGUUUGGUGUGUGGCACCCUGGAGAGCUCCGCAAGAGCAAAGCCAGUAAAGAGUCAGAUGGCUCGGAAUCAUAUAUACCUCUCUCUGUUAGGGUCGGAAGUGUAUAG